AAUGUCGUCGCAAGUGUAGCUGAGUGUUCAACAAUUUACUAUUAUUCAACAAACCAAACGAAGUUGCACUCACUUUAAGUAAAAUAACGACAUAAUUUGUUGAUUUUCAUUCUCCUGCAAACUAGUGCUGCAGAUAUGGCUGACGAAAUGGAUCCUUGCGAGUGCCUGUGGAAUCACGAGCUGGCAAUGCGUCGGCUAAUAUCCCUGCUUCGUCAAGGGCAGUCAUACUGCACAGACAGCGAGUGCCUGGACCAGCUGCCGGGGCUUCCGCGGCCGGAGUCCUCGGCCAACAGUUUCAUGGUUAUGUUCCUCAUGAUGGCCCUAGCCCUUGCCAUGUACGCCAUGCGCCCUCGCCGCAAUCAGAUACAGGACGCCGCUAAGCCGACGCGCAAUUCUCAGGAUCAUGAUGGCGCCCCACCCACACCUCCAAGAAUAUAAACAACGGAGACAUCGCCAAGGGGUCACGCUAACAAUGAAUUCCAGUAAUUGUAUUAUAAAUAUAGUAAAAUGUACCGCACCAGGUUGUGGACACAAGAACGUCAUCACAACUUAAGUGUAGAUGUAUAUGAUCUUAUAUAGGUAUUAUCUACUGAUAAGGUUAUUAUGAGCGAUUGGAAAGAUUCGAUAUAAUCUUCAACCAUUUAGUUUCGCCGACACGCUGUUGCAUGUAUAUUAUGAACUUCGUCUGUAAAAAUUUAUUCCACUUGAAUAGAAGUAGCAGGCGUCAUAAUAGUCUACUUAUGAACUUAGAAUUUAUAACGGUCAUUCGGAUGCUCCAUGCAUUUACCUCUUAUAACUUUCUAUAUGUUUAUUAUUUUCUGCGUAUUUAUCAUCGUUUGGUGCUAUAUUUUUUCAACUACUUAUUAGCUUACAGUGUAUACUCAAUAAUCACAUCUUUUUAACUUAUUUCUGCAAACGAAAAGACAUGUUAUUUGUCCAGCUGCACACUCGAAACAUUUAUCAUGACAAUGCGAUUCGCUCCACUACUAGUGCAAUAAAUGCCUCAAAAUAUAAGAUCUGAUGUUUAUAGUAUUAUAAUAUGGUAUAAAGUGUUUGGAAGACGUAAUAAGAGUAAAAAGUUUGACAUUGUGUUGAGAAGUUUCGCAAUUGUAAUCAUGAAUAAUUUGAGCUGCGACGUUGGCCACUAUUGUUUUUGGAUUAUAUAAUAACCCUCUGUUGGUUUGCUAUUGCCUAAGUAUUACGCGGGCGAGUUAAAACAAGCGUGAACGUCAACUAGAGGUAUUUGACGAGAUUCUAUAUUUGACGAGAUUCUAGAUAAUUUAUGGGGAAAUGUGAUUUCUCUUCAUCGUGAUAUUGCCUCCAUUGGAGACUAUCAAAAAUGUCUCAUUAGCAUUUGCAAAUUCAAACAGCACUUAUGGUUUUCUUUGUGUAACACUUAUUUAAGUGAUGAGAAAAAUAAAAUAUAUAUACUUACCUGCAUACAACAAUUGUGGAGAUACGCAAAAGGAAAUUAUUCCACAAAUUCUGUUGUUAUUUUUUAUUUUUCUGGUCAGAAUAAUGCAUAUUCCACUAGUUUUAGUUAAUUCACGUUUGACUUGGGUUGGGUAAUAUUAUCAACCAUAAUUAAUUUUGCGAGUUACUGUAUUGUUUACAUACUAUGUAUUUUUAUUAUUAUUGUCAAAACCGAUCGAGAUUCUAUUUAUCAAGAGAAAUAAAUAUAACUAUGAGAAAA